UCCAUGCAAUUAUUUUAUUGGAAAAACACUUAAGGGAGAAGCACUGUGUUUUUGAUGGCAACACCCCAAAUGGUACCAGUACUGCAAAUGUUUCUGUUGCUACAAAUGGUGUGACCCCAACAAACAAAAGGGCAGAAGCUGCAGAUCUUCAGAACAUACUGAUGAAGACUCAGGAUGCUGCAAACAGCCAUGAAGCAAGUGAAGAUGAUGUUGAUACAUCAGAGCCAAUGUACGGUUGUGACAUCUGCGGAGCUGCAUACACAAUGGAAGUCCUUCUGCAGAACCAUCGUUUGAGAGAUCACAAUAUUCAGCCAGGUGAAGAUGACUGUUCCAGGAAAAAGGCUGAAUUCAUUAAAGGUAGUCAUAAGUGCAACAUCUGUUCCAGGACUUUUUUCUCUGAGAAUGGUCUGAGAGAGCAUAUGCAGACACACCGUGGCCCAGCAAAGCACUAUAUGUGUCCCAUUUGUGGAGAGCGGUUCCCAUCCUUACUCACACUGACAGAGCACAAAGUGACUCACAGUAAAAGCUUAGACACUGGUAACUGCCGUAUAUGCAAAAUGCCCCUGCAGAGUGAAGAAGAAUUUAUUGAGCAUUGUCAGAUGCACCCAGAUUUGCGGAAUUCUCUCACUGGGUUUCGUUGUGUGGUGUGUAUGCAGACUGUCACUUCCACAUUGGAGCUGAAAAUUCAUGGCACAUUCCAUAUGCAGAAGUUGAUAGGAAGUUCUGCAUCCUCCUCCCCCAAUGGCCAGUCUUUGCAAAAACUUUAUAAAUGUGCAUUGUGCCUAAAGGAAUUUAAAAACAAGCAGGACUUGGUGAAGUUAGAUGUAAAUGGUUUGCCGUACGGCCUAUGUGCGGGCUGUAUGAGCAGAAGCACUAAUGGACAGACUUCAAACUUGACGCCGCAGGAGGUGAUUGAAAGACCAUGUACUGCUCUGAGGUGCCCUGACUGUGGUGUCAAGUUUGAAAGUGUGGAAGACCUUGAGAAUCACAUUCAUCUAGACCAUAGGGAUGUGACACCAGAAACAAGCAACCAAAGGAAGGUUUCCCAGACAUCCCCCAUUCCCAGACAGAAAAAGACAUAUCAAUGCAUCAAGUGCCAGAUGACGUUUGAGAAUGAGAGAGAUAUACAAAUCCAUGUUGCUAAUCACAUGAUAGAGGAAGGCAUCAAUCACGAAUGCAAGCUGUGUAACCAGAUGUUUGACUCGCCAGCAAAGCUUCUGUGUCACCUGAUUGAGCACAGCUUUGAAGGGAUGGGAGGUACAUUCAAAUGUCCUGUUUGCUUUACAGUGUUCGUUCAGGCAAACAAACUACAGCAGCAUAUCUUUGCAGUACAUGGGCAGGAGGAUAAAAUUUAUGACUGUUCCCAGUGCCCACAGAAAUUCUUUUUUCAGACAGAACUUCAGAACCACACGUUGAGCCAGCAUGCACAGUGAGGCACCGACACUACAGGACACCUCUCUGCAGAAGACUUGACGGAGACACAGUGGGGAGGACCAUUUGAACAUUACAUCCAAUCAAAGUGUCAUUUGCAACCCAGAUGUAAAACUCUAAUGAUUUGGCCAUGAGGCGCUGCUAUUAUAAGCAGCUGGAAAUGAAUAUUAAUGGAACAGAUUAAAAGUAUUCUAAGCUCAGUAUUUUUUAUUGUCCUGCGUUGGCUAGUGCAUUUUAGAGCUUCUGCCUCAGAUGAAAUUUAUAGUGCUAGAUAAAUCUGCUUUGACGCUGUUGUCCUUUGUUGCUUAUGGUAUCAUAUGGAUAGUUGAAAAUUAGAUGUGCUUUUGUUCAUAACUACUUUUUAUUGCAAAUUUUAGGUAACUGUGCACUGUGAUGUGAUUGCUUAGCAGUUGUCUUUUUUUUAAACUAAAGAUUAAUGCUUUGAUUGGAUUUGCCAGUUCACAGGGCAGUGAUAAAAAUUAUGUAAUGAAUAUCAGCAGUUUCCAUGCAACUGGAUGGUGUCUGCUUUUUAAAUGUGACUUAAUCUGAUUGCAAUAACUAGUACAGUACAAUAAAGGGAAUAUGUAUGGCUA